GCGUCGCACAGUUUUUAGUGGACAGCUCCGCGGUGCUGAAACCUCUCUAUCUCCCCUCUCUCUCUCUCUCUAACACCCGAAGGCUUUCACUGAGGAGCGGCGACCAUGGAGGGAUUCUCGUGGAAACUUUUUCUCCUCUCCUGCCUGUUUGCUGCAGAGGGCUCCGCGCAGGACUUUGGACAGACGCAGUUUAUUUGCACGUCAGUUCCCAAAGACGUGGACUUGUGCACCGCGGCGAUGCAGAACAGCGGACCGGCGGAAGACCUGAAGACCACAAUCAUUCAGCUGCGGGAGACCGUGCUGCAGCAGAAGGAGACCAUUGUGAACCAAAAGGAGACAAUCAAGGAGCUAACGUCCAAGCUGAGCCGCUGCGAGAGUCAGAGCCUCCCGGCGGCGGCGGGACCCGGGGGGAGGAGACCGGGGGGCAAGAACACCAUGGGGGAUGUAUCCCGAGGUACCGCAGACACCCUGGCGCAGCUGGGACAGACUUUACAGACGCUCAAACAGAGACUGGAGAAUCUGGAGCAAUACAGCCGAGGAAAUAACAGCGCGCAGGCGAACAGCCUGAAGGAUCUGCUGCAGAACAAGAUAGAUGACAUGGAGAAGCAGGUUCUGUCCCGGGUCAACAUAGAGGAAAGCAAGCCGGGACACAGGAACGAGAGCGACCAGAGGAACAGAGUGGAGACCACGCUCUCCUCUCUGCACGACCGGAUCUCCGACCUGGAGAAAGGCAAAGAGACCAGGCCAGCAGACAGGUUCCAGCUCACCUUCCCUCUUAGGACCAACUACAUGUACGCCAAAGCCAAGAGGACUCUCCCCGAGAUGUACUCCUUUAGCGUGUGUCUGUGGAUCAAGUCCAGCGCCUCACCCGGCCUGGGGACGCCCUUUUCCUACGCAGUUCCAGGCCAAGCCAACGAGCUGGUGCUGAUCGAGUGGGGGAACAACCCCAUGGAGUUCCUUAUCAACGACAAGGUUGCAAAACUGCCGUUCAGCAUCAACGACGGAAAGUGGCAUCACCUCUGCAUCACGUGGACCAUUCGCGACGGGAUAUGGGAGGCCUUCCAGGACGGAGUGAAGCAGGGCCACGGGGAGAACCUGGCACCGUAUCACCCUAUCAAAGCAGAUGGAGUUCUGGUUCUGGGACAAGAGCAGGACUCGCUGGGUGGAGGCUUUGAUGCAACACAAGCAUACGUUGGCGAACUCGCACACUUAAACAUCUGGAACAGGAAACUCUCAGCCACUGAAAUCGCCAACUUGGCAAACUGCAACAGCAAAGCGUUUGUCGGUAACGUCUUCUCCUGGACAGAGAGCAACAUUGAAAUAUUUGGCGGUGCCACCAAAUGGACCUUCGAGCCGUGCAGCUCAAUCAACUGAGUCGCAGCUUCUUGCUUCAGAAAAGAAAAGAAAAAAAAAGGCCUCCGUGUAUUUCUGAGCUUUUGUCGUUCCUGUCCUCAUUUGACCUUUGUUUAGAGAGUAAUUGGUAAGCUUAAAUCUGGGAUUUAUGUCAUUCUUAGGUAUUCCUGUGCAAAAAACAACGCCUCCAAACUUGAGAAGGGGGAGGAAAAA